AUGUCGAAGCGCGCUGCCGACGUCGAAAUGGGCGAUGCCCCCCUCAAGGGUGGCGAUCGCCCUGAAGGCAUGGAGAUUGACGACAAGGACCCCGGCAUGGGCGAGUUCGAGGACGAAUUCGAGGACGAGUUCGAGAGCGAGAGUGAGGACGGCAUCAUGGAGGCUGGUGUUGACGGACGCCCAGAUGCCGAGAGAGAAGCCGAGGAGAAGGAGGGCGCAAUGGAGGUUGACCAAGGCACAUUCAUCGUCGGACGUAACAAGCUCGAACCCGGCCAGUCGCUUGCGCCAGACCCAUCUACCUACCAGAUGCUGCACAACAUCAGCACUCCUUGGCCGUGCCUUUCCUUCGAUAUCCUGCGAGACAGCCUUGGCGACAACCGCAAGGUCUACCCCGCUACCAUGUACUCCGUCGCCGGUACACAAGCAGAGAACGCCAAAGCGAACGACAAUGAGCUGUUGGUCAUGAAGUUCAGCGGCUUGAGCCGCAUGGAGAGGGGCGAGGAGGACUCCGAUGAUGAUGAAGACGACGACGACGACGAGGACUCCGACCCCAUUCUCGAACACAAGGCGAUCCCCCUGAACUCGACCACGAACCGAGUUCGCGCCCACCAGAUCCCCAACCAAGAUCCCACAAAGCCCCCUACCACCCUUACUGCGACCAUGACCGAAUCUUCCAACGUCUUCAUUCAUGACGUUACUCCUCACCUCUACUCCUUCGACAACCCGGGCACCACCAUCACCGCCCAACAGAACAAGCCAGUCUCUACUAUCCGCGCCCACAAGGCCGAAGGUUACGCAGUGGACUGGUCCCCUCUUGUCCCUGGUGGCAAGCUCUUGACCGGUGACAACGAUGGUCUCAUCUACGUCACAACACGCACCGACGGCGGCGGUUUCGUCACCGACACCAGGCCAUUCCAGGGCCACACCAGCUCCGUUGAGGAGAUCCAGUGGAGUCCCUCCGAACAGUCCGUCUUCUCGUCCGCCUCGAGCGACGGUACCAUUCGCGUUUGGGACGUGCGCAGCAAGAGCAGGAAGCCUGCGUUGACGAUGCAGGUCAGCUCGGCCGAUGUCAACGUCAUGUCGUGGUCGAAGUUGACAACGCAUCUCCUCGCCUCUGGCGAUGACAACGGCGAGUUUGCCGUUUGGGAUUUGCGCCAGUGGAAGCAGAGCUCGACGUCCGCCAAGGACAAGCCCUCUCCCAUCGCCAGCUUCAACUACCACAAGGAGCAGAUCACGAGCGUCGAGUGGCACCCCACGGACGACAGCAUCGUCGCUGUUGCGGCGGCCGAUAACACCGUCACGCUGUGGGACUUGGCUGUCGAGCUCGACGACGAGGAGAGCAAGGACACUGGCGGUGUCAAGGACGUACCGCCUCAGCUGCUGUUUGUGCACUACCUGUCCAACGUCAAGGAGCUGCACUGGCACCCUCAGAUCACUGGCAGCUUGGUAGCUACCGGAGAUGAGUUUAGUGUCUUCCGUACGAUUAGCGUUUAG